AUGUCAACAGCUCCAGCCAUUGGUAUUGACUUGGGAACAACCUUCUCUUGCGUCGCAGUCUUUCAAUUCGGCAAGGUAGAAAUCAUUGCCAACGAACAGGGUAACCGCACAACGCCCAGUUAUGUCGCUUUUACGGAUAAAGAACGUCUUAUUGGUGAUGCCGCAAAGAACCAGGUGGCCUUGAACCCCACUAACACAGUGUUCGGUGCAAAGCGUCUUAUCGGGCGUGGCUCUUACGAUAAGGAAGUGCAAGACGACAUAAAACACUGGCCAUUCAAAGUGAUCGAUUCGGAAGGGAAACCGACAAUCGAGGUGGAAUACUGUGGCAAGACAAAGCACUUCGUUGCAGAGGAGAUCUCGUCCAUGGUGCUGCUGAAGAUGAAGGAGACAGCGGAAGCGUAUUUGGGCAACAAGGUGACAGACGCCGUGAUCACAGUACCCGCCUACUUCAAUGAUGGCCAGCGUCAGGCAACAAUAGAUGCAGGAAAGAUAGCAGGCUUAAAUGUGCUCCGCAUCAUUAAUGAGCCAACUGCAGCUGCUAUUGCGUAUGGUAUGGACAAGAAAAUCGACAGACAGCGUAAUGUGCUCAUCUUCGAUUUGGGUGGUGGCACCUUCGAUGUAUCCAUCAUGUCCGUUGAGAAUGGAAGAUUUGAGGUGAAAUCGACUGAUGGUGACACUCACUUGGGUGGUGAGGACUUCGAUUCUCGACUCGUGGAUCACGUUGUGGAGGUGUUCAAGCAGAAAUAUAAGGGAAAGGAUUUGACGACCAGCAAGAAAGCCAUCACUCGUCUGAGAAGGGCUUGUGAGGCGGCAAAGAGGACGCUGAGUUCGACUGGGUACACAGACAUCAAUGUAGACUCAUUGUUUGAGGGCAUCGACUUCAAUACGAGAAAUACGCGGGCCCGUUUUGAGCAACUGUGCGCUGAUCUCUUCAGUAAGACACUGGAUCCGGUAAAGAAGGCAUUGUGCAAUGCGAAGUUGAGCAAGGCUGAUGUCCACGAAAUAGUGUUAGUGGGUGGAUCGACCCGUAUUCCGAAGGUCCAGGAGCUAUUAAAGGACUUUUUUGAUAGGAGAGAGUUGAAGAAGUCCAUCAAUCCAGACGAGGCAGUGGCGUAUGGCGCGGCGUUGCUGGCGGCCAAGCUGACUGGUGGCAGGUCAAAUGUGAUGCAGGAUUUGAUUUUGCUUGAGGUGACGUCGCUCUCACUGGGUUUGGAGACCGGGGAUGGUGAGAUGACGACGUUGAUAAAGCGUAACACGCCAAUACCGACAAAGCAGACAAAAAUCUUCACCACGUACUAUGACAAUAGACCCACACUGCUGAUCCGGGUGUAUGAGGGUGAGCGUGUUAAGGCGAGUGACAAUCACUUUUUGGGCGAGUUCAAGUUGUCAGGCAUUCAAAUGGCCCCGCGAGGUGUGCCUCAGAUCGUGGUAACAUUCCUUAUUGACGAAAACGGCAUUCUCAAUGUGUCAGCGGUGGACACGACAACGAAGAGGCAGGAGAGCAUCACCAUCACCAACAAUAAGGGUCGUCUGUCUGCGGAGGAGAUCAAGCGAAUGGUGAAUGAUGCAGAGAAGUUCAAGCAGGAGGAUGAGGAGAAGAGGAGUAGGAUGACAGCGAAGAAUAUGUUAGAGGACUACAUUUACAGCAUAAAAUCGAAACUGGAGAAGGAGGAAGUAAAGGGAAAGUUAAUAAAGGAGUCUAGGCAAACUCUACUUAUGACGUGUGAAAUGACGAGGAGGCAUAUAGACACCGAUCCGGAGGCCACAAAGGAGAAAUACGAGCAAAUGUACAAAAAUUUGGAGACAUUAUGCAGCAUAGUUAUGGCGAAGAAUAAUCUCCGUUUGUGA